AAUCUCAUGUGCCGAACGUAACAACAAACGAUAAUUGGCUUGGAGUGCUUUUAUCUUUGUUUGUUUGCGCCUGUCACAUGAGGAAUACACCUUCGAGACAAUAUUAUGACUGGUUCAGUUUCAAAAUCAUAAUUCUUCAUACUUUCGUAGGAUAUUAGCCUUAUAUAAGAUCAAUAUCAACGCACCAACUAGGAUAGAAUCAACUUAGGUAUAAGUAGUCAAUAUACGUAAGUUCGUAUUUCACAAUCAUUAUUCUACCAUUGCCACUUGCCACAAGUUCUUUGCCGAUAUGUGUAGUAACAAUGAAUACAUUACAAUAAAUUAUCUUUAUUUAUUUCCGUUUUACUUCCACGGAAUUGCGAUUCUAAGAGAAAUUCAUACCGAGAAAGAAGAAGAAUGGAAGAAACAUGAGGUGGCUAUCAAAAUGCUGUUGUUGUGUUUCUCUGCGAACUGGUGGACUAAUUUCUGGUGCAUGGACUUUGUUUACAGCGCUUCUCAUGGUCUCGUUGCAAAUCGUUAAUGUUAUAUCAAUGGAAAGCUUGACGCGAUACCAAAUUAAACAUGGCGAAAUCAAGCUAAAAAGUACAAAAAUCUUGGCGACGAUGGAAAUUGCGUUUGGUAUCAUACUUUUCCUUGCUUCUUUACUAUUAUCAUUAGCAGUUUUCAAGGAACGUUCUAAAUUGUUAAUUCCUUACAUUAUUGGAGUUUUGCUUUACGAAAUAUUCGACUUUUUGUCCUUGAUGUUUUACUUCGGCAAAGGUGUUGAGAUCGACUCAUCAGUGUGGAUUCCAGAUGCAUUGGUCUUAUGUAUAAAUAUCUAUUGCGUUUUCGUUGUCCUGUCUUUGUAUAAGCAGUUUGUAAGAAUUGAAAGAUGGAAUCACGUCGAUCAAAUGGACUCCUCUGAAUACUAGCUAACUUGUAUGUUAUUCCUAUUUGCAACCAGCAACUGUUAGUUAACACUAAUUUCGCACUGAAGAAUAAUGCAUGAUGGAACAACGUGUUGAAUUAUGAGAAUUCCUUACGAAAAAAUACUCCGACAUUAGGACGCUGUUUUGUUCACCCUGAACUGAAGAAGGAAAAAAAAUUAAAGUUGAAAAUUUGAUCUUAAUUUAAAUAUUAAAUCAUUAAUGCCUCGUGUAUUCUGAGGUUUUAGAGAUAACACGUGUAUACUUUUUGGAGCAUUUUUUCUUCAAAUAUUUA